AAAAAAAAAAAACAAAAAGCUCUGUCGAACUCAGAAAAAAAAAGAUGAAUUCGAGUGGAGAAGAUGAAAGAAGACUCCAUGAUAUUGAAGAAUCUCUAAUACAGAAGGAAGUGAACAGUGUCUUAACCGGAUUGUCUAAAACAGCUGAAGAUGGUUCUGUGGACAUCUAUGGAAACCCACCAUCGAAGAAGAAAACAGGAAACUGGAAAGCUUGUCCCUUUAUUCUUGGAAACGAAUGCUGUGAGAGAUUAGCUUACUAUGGAAUUGCCAAGAAUCUAAUCACUUACUACACAAGUGAAUUGCAUGAGUCCAAUGUUACAGCAGCUAGGCAUGUCAUGAUUUGGCAAGGCACUUGUUAUAUGACACCUCUCGUUGGAGCUGUCAUAGCUGAUUCUUACUGGGGAAGAUACUGGACUAUUGCUUCUUUCUCUGCUAUUUAUUUCAUUGGAAUGGUUUCGUUGACACUCUCUGCCUCAGUUCCUGGUUUAAAGCCGGGAUGCGUUGGCGUUGGUGUUGCCGGUUUAUGCCCACCAGCAACAUUUGUUCAGUAUGCGGUUUUCUUUGCAGGGCUUUACCUUAUUGCACUUGGUACUGGAGGUAUCAAACCAUGUGUAUCAUCUUUUGGUGCUGAUCAGUUUGAUGAUACUGAUCCGAGGGAACGAGUUAGAAAAGCUUCGUUCUUUAACUGGUUUUACUUCUCCAUCAACAUUGGUUCGUUUGUCUCAUCGACUUUGCUUGUUUGGGUUCAAGAGAACUCCGGGUGGGGACUCGGUUUCUUGAUCCCCACCGUGUUUAUGGGAGCCUCUAUCGCGAGUUUCUUCGUUGGAACCCCGCUUUAUAGGUUCCAGAAUCCGGGAGGUAGCCCGAUUACUAGAGUUUGUCAAGUUCUUGUAGCUGCUUACCGUAAAUUGAGUCUCAACCUCCCUGAAGAUAUCUCAUUUCUGUAUGAAACAAGAGAGAAAAACUCCAUUAUUGCUGGAAGCAGGAAGAUUCAGCACACUGACGGUUACAAGUGUCUUGACAAAGCUGCCAUUAUCUCAGAUGAUGAAUCGAAUUCGGGUGUUUUAUCCAACCCUUGGAAGCUUUGUACCGUAACUCAAGUCGAAGAAGUUAAGAUUCUGAUCCGUAUGUUUCCAAUCUGGGCCUCAGGGAUCGUCUACUCAGUCCUAUAUUCACAGAUUUCCACUCUGUUUGUGCAACAAGGACGGUCCAUGGACCGGAUGAUCCGCUCUUUCGAGAUCCCUCCAGCUUCAUUCGGGGUUUUCGACACACUUAUCGUGCUCAUAUCCAUCCCAAUCUAUGACCGUUUCUUCGUACCCUUUGUGAGACGGUUCACAGGCACACCAAAAGGGUUAACGGAUCUGCAGCGAAUGGGCGUUGGUCUUUUUCUCUCUGUCCUAAGCAUCGCAGCCGCAGCAAUCGUUGAGACAGUGCGGUUGUAUCAUGCUCAUGACGCUGUUGCAAUAAGCAUAUUUUGGCAGGUCCCUCAGUACAUACUAAUGGGAAUUGCAGAGGUCUUCUUCUUCAUCGGCCGAGUCGAGUUUUUCUACGACCAGUCUCCUGACGCAAUGAGAAGCGUAUGCAGCGCGUUGGCGCUUCUCAACACCGCAGUCGGAAGCUACCUGAGCUCGGUGAUCCUCACAAUCGUCGCGUAUUUCACGACAAUAGGAGGUAAAGAUGGUUGGAUCCCAGACGACCUUGAUAAAGGACAUCUUGACUACUUCUUCUGGCUUUUGGUCAUUCUUGGACUUGUCAACAUUCCUGUUUAUGCCUUCUUCUCUGUUAAGCACACAAAGAAGAAGGCUUUAUAAGCUACUUAUUGUAACAAGCUAUGUUGUAUGUUUGUAAUCUGUGUUUUGUAUAGUCUGUACAGUCCUGGAUGCAGGAUUACCUGUAAAUGUUUUUUAAAAUGUGGAAUAGUGUUUCCGCCUUGUACAAUUACCAUUAUUGGAGCCAUGUAACUUGAAGUGGUUAUAUGUAAAAUUUAUUUGUCCCUAUAUUUCAA